GAGGAAAAAGAAAAAACGCUGCAGUCGGAGAGGUUGGGAGUGCGGCGGAGUUCAACUUUUCCCCCCUCAUUUCGAGAGAAUCCCGAACGCGAUUGUUCUGAGCUAGAGGACAAUGCGAAUUAAGGGGUCACCUUAAAAGGUAGCAUUUUCACGAACUCUGACGUAUUUUCCCCGAAAAGGGCGUCACAAAAUAUCUCAUUUUUAAGGACUGACUUAUCCUUAGGUGGACCCCUGGAAAUGUUUGCAUAGUCAUUUGUGUUAGCUCUACAAUAGCUGAGGUGUUGACCGACGUUGUCGAGCUAGUUUGAAAAGACGCGAAAUUGCCUCGACGCACUGAGACUUCUGCAUUCGGAUACACUUGGUGCUUGGAUACACUUGCCAUGGCCGGAGCGACGUCGAUCGAAGCCGUGAAAAGAAAAAUACAGACCUUGCAACAACAGGCGGACGAUGCGGAGGACCGGGCCGAAAGUCUCCAACGGGAGGUGGAUGCAGAGAGACAGGCCAGAGAAAGAGCCGAGGCGGAGGUGGCCUCUCUGAACCGCCGCAUCCAGCUGGUGGAGGAGGAGCUGGACCGCGCCCAGGAGAGACUGGCCACCGCGCUGCAGAAGCUGGAGGAGGCGGAGAAGGCCGCCGACGAGAGCGAGAGAGGCAUGAAGGUCAUUGAGAACCGGGCGUCGAAGGACGAGGAGAAAAUGGAGAUCCAGGAGAUGCAGCUGAAGGAGGCCAAACACAUCGCUGAGGAGGCCGACCGCAAAUACGAGGAGGUGGCCCGUAAGCUGGUGAUCCUUGAGGGCGAUCUGGAACGUUCUGAGGAGCGUGCUGAGGUGGCCGAGGCUAAAUCUGGUGACCUUGAGGAAGAGUUGAAAAAUGUCACCAACAACUUGAAGUCUCUGGAGGCCCAGGCUGAGAAGUACUCGCAAAAGGAAGAUAAAUACGAGGAGGAAAUAAAAGUCCUCACGGACAAGCUCAAAGAGGCGGAGACGCGUGCCGAGUUUGCGGAGCGCUCCGUGGCUAAACUUGAAAAGACCAUCGAUGACUUGGAAGAGAAACUGGCCCAAGCGAAGGAGGAGAACCUUGGCAUGCACCAGGUGCUGGAUCAGACCCUCCUGGAGCUCAACAAUUUAUAAAGUGAGAAAGCGAGCUCUGUGUGUGAGAGAGGGGGGGAAAUGAGCAAGAAUACUGAAUAAGAUGAAUAAAAUAAAAAUAAAAUGUAAAAAAAAACACAAAAAGCUUUAUAAUGGGACCCUCUGCUCGCUGACACAAACGUCACAUUCCCCUGUCCACGUGUAAAAGUGCUUUGAUCAAUGGUGCCCCUUGACAAAAUGUCUACUAUUUGAGUUGCAAAGAUGGGUCCAUCUUGGGGAAGUAUAUAUUGCCAGUGGAUUGGUGCAAGGGGACUUGCUCAGUCUUGAGGUCCAAGGCAAAUCGACAAAAGUUUCACCAAUGUGCUAACCACACAAUGCAGACUUAUUGCUAAGAACAGAUGCGUGGUUUUCUUAAGUUUUUUUAUUGGUAAUUAUGGGUUUGCAGUGUGUGGAUACACUGUUGUUCAGUCUUAAUUUCAGUGUCAGUUCCCUGUACCUGAAUAAAUUCCAUUUUAGGGUAGAAAGUAAUAAGGUAGUGUUUUGUUUACUGAAUUGUUUUUUUUUUUUUUUUUCAAUCCUGUAACAAGCAUUGAUGUUAACCUCAGUCUUGACUUCAGAUAAAAGUUCAUUUCAGCAGUUAAGAACAAUCAUAGAAUUUUUUUUUUUUUUGGUAAAGGCACGCUGCUUGUUGGCAGUUUUUGCCAUCAGACAGUUGCAUUUACAUUAACCAUAGGAAAAGGGAAUCACUGUUUUAAACACUGUUUUUGUAUACUUUCUUUAAUGUAACAAUGCCAUAACACUGUUUUCUAAUACAAGGUGCAUUUUAGUUGAGUUGUUCAAUGACUGUUAAAGCAACAAAGCUUGUUACAAAAAAGUAAAAUAUUUUUGUCUUCUACGCCCACUUUUUUCCAGACAAGUUUUAAAGUGAAUGUAUUUUUGGAAUUGUUUAACUACAAUAGCUUGAUUUUGUGUUUCGGAUGAAAAUGAAUAAAUUGGAGGGGAAAUUUGUCCUAAGUCUUAAAAUGUUCUGGCCAGCGACAUACAUCUUGCCAAAAUUUAGUAAAAUAUUUUUCAAAUUUUCCUAGUUCUCUUAAAAUGUAAACAAAUAUGGGGAAUGUCUUGCAAGCAUUGUUCUCUUUAGGAGUUUAAACCCAAGUUGUACGCAUACUGAAUUGGGGAAAUCAUAACAAUAUUGUGAAAGCAUUGAUCCUCCCCGUCAUGUACCCACACUUGUAUCCUAUGCAAUUACCUGUGUAAGCUCUUUGUAAAAUUUAAAAGAUUAAAGACCAGAAGUAAAACUCCCA